UUCCUGUCUUUCUGCUUUCCCCUCACCGUCCCGUAACAAUGUACCGAUACAUAGGGGAGUUGGUAUCUCGCGGAGGGGGUGCUCUGGCUUCAUGCACUGCUGAUAGUGUCUUGCCGCUUUCUGCCGCACCCAUUCUGCGUCGCUACAGCCAGGCCGUGAACGGAGACGAUGACCCCAACUUCUUCAAGAUGGUGGAGGGAUUCUUCGACAGAGGCGCCGGCAUUGUGGAGGACAAGUUGGUGGAGGACUUGCGGACACGCGAGACGGAGGAGCAGAAGAGGCUGCGGGUGAGGGGGAUCCUGCGCAUCAUAAAACCCUGCAACCACGUCCUGAGUGUCAGCUUCCCUAUCAAAAGGGACAAUGGCGAGUGGGAGGUUAUCGAGGGCUACCGGGCACAGCACAGCCAGCACCGGACUCCGUGCAAGGGAGGUAUUCGCUACAGCACAGAAGUCAGUGUUGAUGAAGUAAAAGCCUUGGCAUCACUGAUGACCUACAAAUGUGCAGUAGUUGAUGUGCCUUUUGGGGGAGCCAAAGCUGGAGUCAAAAUUAACCCAAGAAAUUUUUCUGAUGCAGAAUUGGAAAAGAUAACUAGAAGGUUUACAAUAGAACUCGCAAAGAAGGGCUUUAUUGGACCAGGCAUAGAUGUUCCUGCUCCAGAUAUGAGUACAGGUGAACGAGAAAUGUCAUGGAUUGCUGAUACUUAUGCUAAUACAAUUGGCCACACGGAUAUCAAUGCUCAUGCUUGUGUAACUGGAAAACCCAUCAGCCAAGGAGGUAUUCAUGGUCGUAUAUCUGCAACUGGUCGUGGUGUCUUUCAUGGCAUUGAAAACUUUAUCAAUGAGGCUUCCUACAUGAGUCAACUGGGUAUGACUCCUGGGUUUGGUGACAAGACUUUCGUCAUUCAGGGCUUUGGAAAUGUAGGUCUUCACUCUAUGCGAUAUCUUCACCGAUUUGGUGCCAAAUGUGUUGGAAUUGGUGAAAUUGAUGGGACCAUCUGGAACCCAAAUGGCAUUGACCCUAAAGAACUCGAGGACUACAAACUACAACAUGGGACAAUUGUUGGGUUUCCAAAGGCCCAGCCAUAUGAUGGAAACAUUUUAGAGGCAGAUUGUGACAUUCUUAUCCCAGCUGCUAGUGAGAAGCAACUGACAAAGUCUAAUGCACAUAAGAUAAAGGCUAAGAUUAUUGCAGAAGGAGCCAAUGGUCCUACAACCCCAGAAGCUGACAAAAUCUUCCUUGAAAGAAACAUCAUGGUCAUUCCAGAUCUAUAUUUGAAUGCUGGUGGUGUCACGGUUUCUUAUUUUGAGUGGCUUAAAAAUCUCAAUCAUGUUAGCUAUGGACGUUUGACCUUCAAAUAUGAGCGGGACUCAAACUACCAUUUGCUCAUGUCUGUCCAAGAGAGCUUAGAAAGAAAGUUUGGGAAACAUGGUGGGGCCAUCCCAGUUGUGCCCACCGCAGAAUUCCAGGCUAGGAUAUCUGGUGCGUCUGAGAAAGAUAUUGUCCAUUCUGGCUUGGCGUAUACAAUAGAACGGUCUGCAAGGCAAAUCAUGCGCACUGCUAUGAAGUACAACCUUGGUUUGGACCUAAGAACUGCUGCCUACGUAAAUGCCAUAGAAAAAGUAUUUAAGGUGUACAAUGAGGCUGGCCUGACUUUCACAUAAAAAGGAAACCUGUUGGAUCAUUAUAUUUGCCAUCUUUUCCAUAAAAACCUUUCAUAUAUGUUUACAUGUAAAACGGGCUUUUUUGGUUUUUUUUUUUUUUUUUUUUUUUUUAAAUCUCCCUUUUAACAUCACUUUUUAAUUUUGUGCCAUGUGGUAGAGGACUCUAGUUCCAAAUGCUUCCGUCCAUUAUUUUUGAGAAAAAAUAUAUAUAUUUUUUUUUCUAAACUUACACUACUGGUGUAUACAUUGUCAAUUCUUUAUCAUUAACCUCUUGGCACAUACUUGGUUAUCUGUUCAUCUAAUUUUUUAUGGGGCACAGUCUCAAAUUCCUGUGAGAUUUUGUGGUCACCAAAAAUGAGUGCAGUUUAACCAGUGAUUUAUUGUAACAGAUCAGGUGAUGAACUGAAGUUCAAGUUGACCACUUACUGCCUUAGAAACAAGGUGUUUAGUGUUGGCUUCUAAUUUUUUUUUUUUUUUUUUAUGGUACCCACUGUAGCUCAAAUCAUGAGCCAUUUCUGGGUUUUUAGAAGUGUAAUUUCUUUAACCAUGUCUGAGAGAUACAACUGACUGGAAUCUUUUUCAUUUUAGUACAGUAACGAACUAUAAAGGCAGGGGCUUUUUAAAGUAUAUUUCUAAUAUGCUAUAAAAAUAAAAGAUACAAUCUUCUGUUUAUGGAAAUACUUUUCGAUUAAGCCCUUCAUAACAAUGCACUUUUAUUAAACAGCAUGUGAGAAGCC